GCUUUCUCUGUAUAUGGUCACUUGUGUUUGUGGUGCAAGAGCACGUGAUGAGAUCAAAGGCCUUAGAGCAGGGUCUUUCUGAGGCAGCCACAGCCUGGUACAACAGCAGGGUUCAUAGCCUGGCCAAUACGCAUUCAAGGAUUGUGCAGAGACAGCCAGUGGACCGAACAUGCCCCCUGCAACAGCAACCAAACUCGGCUACAAACCACCAGAUGGAGGUUGGGGCUGGGCGGUCGUCUUUGGUGCUUUCAUCUCCAUAGGAUUCUCAUAUGCUUUUCCCAAGUCCCUCACGGUCUACUUCAAGGAGAUUCAGGAAUAUUUUUCAGUUUCCUACAGUGAGAUUGCAUGGCUGUCCUCAGUCAUGCUUGCUUCGAUGUAUGCAGGAGGACCUUUGAGCAGCAUACUUGUCAACCGGUAUGGCAGCAGACCUGUGGUCAUGGUUGGAGGGCUCCUGGUUAGCGCUGGCAUGGUGCUUGCUUCUUUUGGCAGGACUAUUGUGCAUCUGUAUCUUUGUGUUGGAGUAAUUGGAGGUUUUGGCCUCGCCUUCAACCUACAGCCAUCCCUGACGAUCAUAGGUACCUACUUCCAGGUCAAAAGGCCACUGGCAAAUGGGCUCGCCAUGACAGGGAGUCCAGUUGUUCUCUUCACUCUGGCUCCCCUCAAUCAGUUUCUGUUUGAUUCUUUUGGCUGGAGAGGGAGCUUCCUCAUCCUGGGAGCCAUUGUUUUGCACUGCUGUGUAGCUGGUGCUUUGAUGAGACCAGUCAACAAAAAUGCCCACCCCUUACCAAAGACUGAGCAGCCAGAGUGUAAUGGGGACACCGCUGAGGCAGCUGCUACUUCAGACCCCAGUGCACAGUCAGCUAAUUUUCUGACUGAGGGAAGCCAAGAUGAGAGCAGGAGUCAGGGCUGCUUGGCCAAAUUCAUAGAUCUCACACUUUUCAAACACCGAGGCUUCCUCAUUUAUCUCAUUGGUAAUGUGGUCAUGUUCUUCGGGUUUUUCGCGCCUGUGGUCUUUCUUGCUCCGUAUGCCAAACAUCAAGGGAUUGAUGAAUAUUCAGCAGCUUUCCUGCUCUCUAUUUUUGCUCUGGUGGACAUGUUUAUCAGACCAGCAACCGGCCUGAUUGGUAACACCAAGUGGAUUCGGCCGAGGAUCCAAUACUUUUUCAGUUUUGCAGUUUCAUACAACGGUGUGUGCCAUCUCAUAUGCCCACUGUUACCUGGAUAUGCAGGUCUGGUUGUUUAUGCUGUUUUCUUUGGGUUGGCGUUUGGGAUGCUGUCUGCACUUCUCUUUGAAGUUCUGAUGGACCUUGUUGGAGCUCAUCGCUUCUCCAGUGCAGUUGGACUUGUCACCAUUAUCGAGUGCGCACCGGUGCUUCUUGGACCUCCACUUUCAGGAGCCCUGGUUGAUAUUUUCGGGGAUUACAAAUACAUGUACUACGCCUGCGGAGUGUUUAUGCUGGUGCCUGGCAUAUUUUUCUUCAUCAUGCAUUACUACAACUACAAGAAACUGGACGAGGAGCGGAGGCAGAGUGAGGCUGUGGAGAUGAGGACUAGUGAAGAGACAGCACAACUUCAAAUGAGCCAGUGUGAUAAAAUAGCACAUGAAACAGAUGGAUGAACUUGCUGACUUUGAUCUUAUUUUAGUGGAUGGAGAGCGAUGACACUGCACAGCCUUUAGAGCAGGACGUACAGUAUAUGAGGUGAUAACAAUUAUUCUCUACUUUGGAGGAGGUUGUUGGACUCUUUAGACCUUUGCUACACAGAUCAUCAUUUGGUAUUUUAAUGGUUGUUUUAUAUAUGAUAUUAUUACAUUAUGUGCCAAAUGUAACUCUAAUGGCCUUCAUUUAUAAAUCACCCAGAGAUGCUGCAGUUUCUUCCAAUGCAGUUAUGAUAAUGGCUCUGUAAACUCAUAUGGUUCCUCUUUGUUCCUUCAGUGGCUGAAUAAAAAGUAAUUUUCCUGAGGGACUGCUAUAUAAUAACAAGUUCCCCCAAAACACAGAGCCAUACCACUACUGUUUAUUACCGUCUUAUGACCACUAGAUGGCACUGGACACUGCCAUGUGAGAUCUCGAGGUGCAACACAUCUCUACUAUUAAACUGCAAUUAAACAACAAA